GACGGCGGUGGCGUCCCAAGAUGGCGUCGUGGCUGCCGGAGACUCUGUUCGAAAUUGUAGGACAAGGCCCAGCGCCGAGCAAAGACUAUUACCAGUUAUUGGUCACCCGGUCCCAGGUAGUCUUUAGAUGGUGGAAGAUCUCUCUGAGGAGUGAGUAUCGAUCAGCAAAGCCUGGAGAAGCAAAAGACUCUCAUGAAGAGUUCCUAGAGAAUUCCCACCUUCAAGUCCAAAUUGCCUUAAUAUUUGGUGCAAGAAUAUUAGACUAUGUCUUCAAUUUAUGUGAAGGUAAAUUUGACUUCCUUGAACGGCUCUCAGACAAUCUGCUCCUGAAUAUCAUUUCUUAUCUGGAUCUUGAAGAUAUUGCCAGGCUUUCUCAAACGUCACGCAGAUUUGCGCAGCUAUGCACAUCGGACAAACUGUGGGAGAAGAUAGUGAAAUCCGCCUGUGACACCAUCACGCCAGACAUGCGCGCCCUGGCCGAGGACGUGGGCUGGAGACAGAUGUUCUUCACCAAUAAGCUGCAGCUCCAGCGACAGCUUCGCAAGAGGAAACAUAGACAAGGAAGCCAGAGAGACAGUCAAUUUUAG